AUGAAUUAAAUAUAUUUUUACAAUUUAAGAACUUCUAUCAGAAAAUUAGGUUGGGAAGAUUUGGUAGCCAAGAACUAAACGGAGAAAUUGAAUGAAUUUGUUGCUCAAGUUGUUUUUAUGAAAUAUUAAAUAGAGUGA